AUGAAGGUAGUACCUAUUAAUAAUGAGACUGAGAUUGAGUGGUUAGAUAAGCGUAUAUACUUAAUAUAUCCUAAGCGUAUAAAUAGAGAGAUAGUUGAUACUCUAAACAAGAUUCGGAACCUUACUAUCUUUAUUAAUCGCCGCGAAGCCUUUUUAGGCCUUCAGACCGAAGAGCCUUAUCUACUCCCUAUUCAGGAUAUCCGUAUAUAA